GCUGGUGCGGAAGAGCACACAGCAGGAUUGCAGCAGACGCAGAUUCUAGUGCGAGACUGUUUCACCAUGAAGACUUCCAUCGUCGUCUUAUUAUUCGCUCUCCUUACCAUUGCCAGCAUUGCCUCUUGUUCGCCAGCACCAGCCGAUGAGGAGCACCACGGCGACCGCCACGUGCGCUUCACGUGUGACACGCUGAGCGUUUUGGGCGUGGAAGACUCGGCGUGCGCCGUCCGCUGCGUCGCGAUGAACAGAGGCUACCAUGGCGGACACUGCAAAGGGGGCGUCUGCCACUGCCGCAAGUAGGGGGCGACAGCAGCGGAACGCCACCCCUGGACGCUUACAUGUACGCUCGUCAAUAAACGGUCCAGCACUGUAGAGAUAUGCUGAA